ACACUUUGCAGGCUGAAGAGGAGAUUGCAAAAUGAAAACUCUGCUCUUAAUGCUGGGGGUGGUGGCAUUCGUGUACCUGGACUCAGGAUACUCCCUGAAAUGUGAACAAUGCAAUCUACCAAAUUGUGAUUUCCUUCCUGAUGUGUGGUGUCCAAAAGGUCUUGACCAAUGCUAUAAAAGGUGGAAUGAAACUACAAAGGUGUUCGAAAGGGGAUGUACUGCAAAUUGCAUUGAGGAUGAGCAAACUCGGUGUUGCAAGACAAACGGGUGCAACUUUUAGCUCCAAAAGGGGCUAAUUUCUUUGAGUUUUGAUCUCAUCCAUCAUGGACCUUCCUUGAAGAUUUACGCUUCUGGCUUUUACCACAGGAUGGUCCAUAAUCCCCUUUCUGUUUUCCUUGACACCCCUCACCCUCUUCCCCUUUUCCCUUGUUCCACAAGCUUCGUUCUGCUAGUUCUGUAGUUUGAGAAUCCAAUAAACCUCAGCAUUCAAUUCAA